CGAUGGAGCUGCGGCCCGAGCGGGCGGAGGAGGCGCGCGGCGGGGAGCGCAUCUCGCUGCUGCUCAGGCUUAGAGCACAGAUGAAACAGCAACUUUUAGAAUACAAGUCGAUGAUUGAUGCAAAUGAAGAAAAAACUCCCGAACAAGACAUGCAAGAAAAACAAAUGGAAACUAAAAUUGAAAGCUUGGAAAAUGAGAUUGAAGAUGUGAAAACUGCUUUUGACAUUAAAAAUCUUGUAUUGAGCAGGAUGCAACUCUCAUCUGCACUUAAGAAUAACUUGGAAAACACAGCCACCGAGAGUAGUGAGUUAAUGGAUGACCUGAAUGACAUAUUAAAGCUAAAUAAACUGAUAAUGACAUCACAGCAGGAAUCUCGGGAAUUAGAGAAAAAGCUUCUUGAUGUCCGAAAGAAGAGACUGCAAUUAAAGCAAGCUUCGGGAAGAAAGCUUUUAGAAAUACAGACAGAGAAGAACAAACAGAAAGAGGAACUGGACAGUGUGGAAAACUCAGACAAGAUAAAGACCAUGCAGCACAACCUGCAGAUGGAAAUGCAAACCACCACAGUUGUUCAGCACGUGUUCCAGAACCUCAUUUUGGGAAGUAAAGUCAACUGGGCCGAGGACCCCGCCCUCAAGGAGACUGUUCUGCAGCUUGAGAAGAUCGUCACCAUGAUCUAAUGAUGAGAUUGUGGCAGUUUUAAAGUGAUUUUUGUGCCGGGC